ACAUAUCAUUGUUCAUUGAUCGUUUUAUGUUAUGUUUGACUUGUCUUGAAAAUAAUAAUUCAACUUUCUUUAUACUGGAUUAUUAUAUUCUUAAAAAGAAUAGUAUUAUAAUUUUUCACAACUUAUAUACACAGUACAUAAAUUGCGGCCAUUUAUUGGUUGAAGACAGUGCAGAGGCUAAGUGAGUGAACACAAUAGUACUGGAACUUGUAAACAUAACCUAAUUUGUUUAAUCAAAAUUGGACUUUAUAAACAUUUAAUUUUAAUAAUAAUGUUACGGCUUGAAGGGAAUAAUUAUUUGAUUGAAAGUGGUGAUCAAGAAUUUACAAAUCGCCAGAAAACCGUCUUUGACCAACUAGAUGCAGUCAUCAGUAAGAAUGGAGUUGAUAAUACUAAUACUCAUAAUCUAGUGAUGGAAAUAGAUAAUCAACCAGAUAUAUCAUCUAAAAAGCGUAAACGAGCUGAAACAAAACAUUUGAGAGGCCAAGAAAGUAUUUUCAAGAGACCUGAUCUUCCUUCUCCUGUCAGACGUAACCACAACCUUCCUGACUUCAGACGUAAUCCACACAAAUGGACAAAAUAUUCGUUGAAUGAUGUUUCCGAGGAUGAUAUGUCAGAAAGGAGCAAUACUGCAGCCGCCAUGUCGUUUCUCCAAGAAAUGGAAUCCAGGAGGAAUGUCGAAAUGGAAGAUAAGUCUGAAGAUAAAAUCGUUUUUAAACGGCCACCUAAGAGUAGGAAUAGUAUCUCCAAAACUGUUGUCGAAACUUCAAGCAGUGUCACCGUCACAGAAAAUGACACAACUCACUUCCGGGGCAGCAAAUUGGUAAUGCCAGAAUAUGUUGUCGGCAAAAAGCCUGUUAAGAAAAAUAAGAGUAACCAUAAAGCUAAAACCGAAAGUUCACACAAUCAAAUUCAAUUAAAUCACCUUCUUGAUGAAGAAGCCGAAUAAUUCUUUGUUUUGACUUUGUACAUAACAUAAAUUAAUGGUAGGCUACAUGAAGUAGAUAAAUACAUACAUUCAAUAAGUUUAAAUUAUAGGUACAUAUUUUUAUUGACAUCUAGUGGUUUGCAACCAAGUGACCCUAGAGCUAAUGUACCUAUUGAUUUCAUACAAAAAAUUAAUUAUAACUUUUUACAGUUACAAGUGUUUGAAAAUUUUACAUUUUUUCUUCACCCAUGUUAGUUAACUGACUUUCUAAAAAUUAGGAUAAAUAUUCUUUACUAUAUAAUAUAAACUAAGAGACUUGUUAACAUCAAGCCAAUAAUUCGAAGUUCAAAUAUGAGAACCUUCAUUUGAUUCUUAGAGAGGGAAAUAUUGAGUUCAUCUGGCCCAUGUUAACAUAGAGGUAUAAUUUAUAUUAUGUGUGUAUAUAGGUACGAUUUUUCAACUUGUAAAUAAACUAUCCAUUUUCCAACA